UCCCCUACAGCAGGGGAUUGGAGCUAGGUGGUCAUCAAGGGCCCUUCCAACCCAAGCCAUUCUCUGAUUAAUUUCCUUGGUGUAACUGGGGUUUUGUGCUUCGAUAUUGACUGGCAAUCUCAAACCUCUUCCCUAGUUUGAAGGCUGCAGGGCGUUUACUCCCAGUUGCCAGAAGUCCCUGGGAAUAGCACUGCUAGCAAAAGCUUUCAUCAUGGGGGACAUGAAAACCCCUGACUUUGAUGACCUCUUGGCUGCUUUUGACAUCCCUGAUCCAACUAGUCUGGAUGCCAAGGAGACCAUUCCAUCAGCUGGGGAGGAGAGUGAGAAUCACCUGAAGUCAUCGGGAAUGUGCAUCGAUGAGAAUGUGUCCUUAUCCCACUCUCUGCCUCCCUCUGAUGCACCUGUUGUCAGUGUGAUAGUGAAGAACACGAGUCGCCAGGAGUCUUUUGAGGCAGAAAAGGAGGGGAAUCACCUUGGAACUGGUCUGUUACACAAUGGGUUUCGUGGCUCUGAUCUGCCAGCUGAGGCUCAUGCUUUAGUCCACAGUUAUGGCAAGUUUGAGUCAACUUUUAUUAAUGGUGACAGCUCAAGAGGUUACUCUGAUAAACUGGAUGAGUCCAAGUCAGAGCCUUUGCCAACAUUUAGUCAGUUUAGCCCCAUUUCCAGCCCUGAACCGGAGGAUACAUUCAAAGAGAACAGUAUUGGGGAAAAACCCAAACAUGCCCAAACUCCCUAUUUUCCACCACCUUCAGUAUAUGUACCAACAGGGGCUUCAGUCCUAGAUCAUCUUAGGAAGGUGCCAGAGCCUGAAUUAAGCAUGUUUGAUCAGUACUGUAAAAAGGAACAGAAGACAGAAAUCCACUGCCAGCCAGAGAAUAGGCUGGAAAUGAGCAGGAGGGAGCAAGACAGAGCAGUGGAGAGGUUUGCAGAGUCAAGCAAGGACUUGUUAGAUACCAACAGCUUUCUUGGGGAAGGCUUGGUGUUUGGAGACCUCCCUCACAACAAUUUAGGAGACGGCAAGGGGUCUGUGCCCGAGUUAAACAUGUCUUCAUCCAUACCACCUCGGCAGAGGCUAAAGCCAACUCAUUCCAAGCUGUCAUCCUGUGUGGCAGCUUUAGUAGCUCUUCAGGCCAAAAAGGUUGUGUGUAUUCCAAAAAGCGAUCAGCCAAAUUUUACCAAGGAACCUGGUCCUUUUAAAGACGGGACGAAGGGAAGUCCAAAAAUGCCCAAGUCGCCAAAGAGUCCCCGCAGCCCCUUGGAGGUGGUGAGGAAGGCUGGCAAGCAGCCUGAGAGUCCUCGGAGUGUGUGCAGCGACAGCAGUGGGAAAGGCUCUCCUUCCAUGGCAGCUGGCUCUCCGCCAGCUAUUCCCAAAGUUAGAAUAAAGACUAUCAAGACAUCUUCCGGUGAAAUUAAAAGGACUGUAACUAGAAUUUUGCCAGAAAAUGAUGAGUUGGGCAAAUCUUCAGAAGAGUCACCUGCAGAAACCUCAUCUGCUGAAGAGUUUAUCAAAUCUUUCCCAUCCCCUGACACCAGUGCAGUUACAGAAGGUGAGGCUGGCAGGAAUUCAUCCAAAACCGGGGCUGCUGUGGCUAUCCAGCUGUCAAAUGUAAUGAGUCCUUACUCAGAGAGUAUGAAAAUGGAUAUUGCAAACAGCACUUGCACGGUGUCCUUAUCUCCACUGCCAAACUGCGGCAGCGGUGCCAUAAAAGUGGGGGUCAAGAGGCAGCAGCCAUCCAACACGGCCACCUCCAGCCUUCUUCCCAAAGCUGUGCACUUGGCAAAUCUCAACUUGGUCCCCCACAGUGUUGCUGCUUCUGUUACAGCGAAGACGUCGGCGCAGAGGCGAAACCAGCCUCAAGUGACACAGAUGUCCGUGCCCCUGGUGCACCAAGUCAAGAAAGCUGCUCCCGUUGUCAUGGAGGCAUUCCACAAAGUGCUACACAGUGCCAACCCAGUGCCGAUAUAUACUCCAAACCUUAGCCCCCCUCCUGACACUAGUAUUAAUUUACCUGCCUCUGGGUAUUGUUGCCUGGAAUGUGGGGACUCAUUUGCCUUAGAGAAAAGCCUGACUCAACACUAUAGUAGGCGAAGCGUUCACAUUGAAGUCAUGUGCACUCAGUGUUCAACUAUGCUCCUUUUUUUUAAUAAGUGUAGCUUGCUUAAACAUGCACGAGAUCACAAGAGCAAAGGAUUUAUCAUGCAGUGUUCUCAGCUGCUCAUGAAACCAAUUUCCAUAGACCAAAUGUUUUCACCUUCUCCUACAAGCUCUUCAGCCUCUCCAGCUCCUCAGACUUUCCUCUCGUCCUCUCCUCCACCUAAGUCCAGUGCUGCUUCAGGAGGUGGGGUAGGGAUUUCUGCGAGCUCUCAGCCAGCCUUGCCUCUCUACACAGACCCACAGAGGCUAAUCCGUCAUGGACUUAAGUGUUUGGAGUGUAACAAGCAGGAGCAGGAUUACACUUCUUUAGCAGCUCAUUACCAGAGAACCUCAGAAGAUAAUGAGAGACUGACGUGUCAAGUGUGCCAGAUGAUGCUGCCCAACCAGUGCAGUUACUGUGCCCACCAGAGGAUCCAUGCCCACAAGUCCCCGUACUGCUGCCCCGAGUGCGGAGCCGUGUGCCGCUCCGCCUACUUCCAGACCCACGUCAAGGAGAACUGCCUGCACUACUCCCGCAAGGUUGGCUUCAGGUGCAUCCACUGUGGAGUUGUCUUCAUGACCCUGGCCAUGCUCAAAGUGCACAUCCACGAGAAACACUGCGAAGUCUUCCACAAGUGUUCUUUUUGCCCCAAGGCCUUCAAGUCUGCUGACACCACCAUGGCUCACGUGGCCAGCCAGCACCCAGCAGAGCCUCACAAGACUACUCAGGUGAUCUACAAAUGCUCUUGUGAGAUGGUCUUUAACAAGAAGAAGCUGCUCCAAGAGCACUUCCAGCAGAACACCAGCAAGUUGUUGGUGGGAGUGUUCAAGUGCCCACAGUGUCAGCUGGUGUAUAUGCAGAAGCAGCAGCUAAUGCAGCAUGUCAAGGGUGUUCAUGGAGUCCCCCGUAAUCCUGAAGAGCUCUCAAACUUUCGGCAGAAAUCUGAGAAGGCUUCAAGGAACCAGGUUCAUACCUCACCAAAGGAGCUUCUGGUAGCCAAUGGGACUUCCCCCUCUCCUCUGACGAGGAAAGACAUGAGGGUGGAAGGACAUAAUCCUGAAUCCAAGUCCAGACUGAGAAGAACUGGUUGGACUUGCAAGGAAUGUUCACAGUGGAUCCCUGAUCGGGAAACCUAUGUGUCCCACAUGAAGAGAAAUCAUGGAAGGUCCAUGAAGAGAUAUCCCUGUCGGCAGUGCGAGCGCUCGUUCAACGCCUCCAACAGCCUGCGCAGGCACAUCCGCAACAACCACGACACAGCAAAGAAGGUCUACACCUGCUGGUACUGCACAGAUGAAAAUCAGACAUUUCCUCAGCCAUUCAUGCUGGAGAACCACAUCAGCCUCAUGCACGGCAUCAAAAACCCAGACUUAUCCCAGAUGGCCAAAGCGAAAGCUCCAGAGAGAAACAGAGCAGAAGCAAAAUCUCCAAAGAGGAUGGCAGUGGAUGAGCUGGGUCAGGCAGAGAGCGCUGCGGGUUUGGACGCGCCGCCAGCCAAAAAACUGAAAGCGCCUUGGAAAUGCGCGAAGUGCGGCUUCGCGACGGACGUCCGGACUGAGUUCCAGGAACACAUCCCUCGGCACAAGACAGACAGCUCCACCUUCCAGUGCUUGUUCUGCGGCCUCUGCUACACCUCCCACAUCUCUCUGAACAGACACCUCUUCAUCGUUCAUAAAGUCAAAGAUGAGGAGGAGGAGGAGGAUGAGGAGGAGGAAGAUGAAAGGCAGAAGUUACAAAUAGAGAUGGGUAAGAACGGACACGAGGACUACAAUGGCGAGUUGAACACUACGGUGGAAGAGGAAAACAAAUACAAAGAGUGCAAAAGGGACUCAGCUGUUUGUGAGCACAGUCAGACGUGUGGAGCAGAAGGCCCCAACAGCACCUCACAGAACAAUCAUUCAAAGUCUCUUAAGACUUAAAAGCAAAAAAAAAAAAGCCCUUUUGGUUGAUUGGGGUUUUUUUGUUGGGGGGUUUCUACUCAAAAUACAGGGUGGGGACGGGGCAAAUCUUUGAAAUACUCUGUUGAUUUCUUGGGAUGGACGUUCCUAUUUGUAAGGGAAAUUUAAAACAGAAAAAAAACAAAACCACCCCUGCCAUUGCAUCCUAAGCACUAACUCUCUGCCAGCCCAGAGAGGUGAAAAGGGAAAGCAGGGCCAGAGCCCUCAGUGGGAUUUGGCCAGCUCCUGAGGAUCCAGGAGCACUUUGCAGCUGCAGUUUCCUUCAGACGAGCUCUCCUCCUUUGAGUGUGCACCGCCUCUGCCCAGAGCCCCAGCCUCGCCUUCCCAAUCUCCCUUUAUUUCUCUUCUAUUUAUGGCUUCUUUUCUCUCUCCCCAUCCUGCCUUUGUGUUACUCAUUUUAACUCAUAAAUAACUCAGCCAAACGCGCUUGUCAGGACCGUGUGGGCUGAUCUGGGAUCUGCGUUACACGGCACGGGUUCGAGCUGUAAGUUGUGCUGGUUAUUCUUCAGUUAUGCCCAAAUAACAACAUUCUUUUCCAAAACGCAGUUUAAUGAAAUGUCUUGGACCCGAAUCAUCCUUGAAAGAGGAUUUUGUAGCCCCAGUGCUCCCCGGUGAGUACGGUGUUGAGGAGGGCCGUGUUGGCCGUGUGUCUGUGGAGCUGUGCUGCAGGAAGCCAUCCUGGGCUGGCACUGCCAGGAGCUGUGCUGCAGGAAGCCAUCCUGGGCUGGCACUGCCAGGAGCUGUGCUGCAGGAAGCCAUCCUGGGCUGGCACUGCCAGGAGCUGUGCUGCAGGAAGCCAUCCUGGGCUGGCUGGCACUGCCAGGAGCUGUGCUGCAG